AUGGGUCCACAAAGAAGGCUGGGAAUUUAUGUCGGGUUUGAAUCCCCCUCUAUAAUUAAAUACCUUGAACCAUUGACUGAUGACUUAUUUACGGCUAGAUUUGCGGACUGUCACUUUAAUGAAACAGUAUUCCCAGCCUUAGGGGGAGAGAAAGUGGACCCACAUAAGAAAGAAAUUGAACUCAUUUGGAAUGCAACACAACUGUUGAUGUUAGACCCACGAACAAAUAUGUGUGAACAAGAAGUUAAGAAAAUUGUUCAUUUACAAAGUGUUGCAAAUCAAUUGCCCGAUGCAUUUGUAGACACAAAGAAGGUGACAAAAUCACAUAUACCAGCAGAAAAUGCCCCUGCACGUAUUGAAAUCCCAACUGGUAAUAAGGCCAUAGAAAAUGAAUCUCAGGCACGCAGAAAGCGUGGAAGACCACUUGGUUCAAAAGAUUCUAAGCCAAGGAAACUAAAAAGAUUGGAUGGAAUAGAAAAUGAGACUAAUAAUGUUCCCCCGUCAGAAGGUCAAGAAAGACCAAAUGUGGAUGAAAGUAAAGAAAAUGAUGAUAAUCCAAAAGGGGACGAACAAGAAGACAACCUACGGGGAAUGAACAAGAUGUUCAAAACAUCGAUAACAAUGAAAUUUCAAUGA